AGCCGUCUGGGCCGGCGCCCCGCCACAGAGGUUUUCUUCCACGCGUGCUAAAUAUCCGCUCUCACUUCUCUUCUUCCUCUGAUAUCUUUGUUCUCUGAUAUCUUCUAUUCUUCUAUAUCUCAGCUAUAUCUCUUUAUCUACUACUCCAAUCAUGAGCUUUCUUGCACGAUCCUCGCGGCCACUCGUCUCCGCUGCUGCCUUCCGCGCCGCAAGACCUCUCGCCCCUGCUACUCCUCUCGCCUUCUCCCGAGCCUAUCAUCCCAAAGUGCUCGACCACUACAGCAAGCCCCGCAAUGUCGGAUCCAUGGACAAGAACGACAUCAACGUCGGCACCGGCCUCGUCGGUGCUCCCGCUUGCGGCGAUGUCAUGAAGCUCCAGAUCCGCGUCGAUGACGACGGCAUCAUCUCCGACGUCAAGUUCAAGACCUUUGGCUGCGGAAGCGCCAUCGCUUCCUCUUCCUACCUCACCGAGCUCGUCAGAGGCAUGUCUCUUGACGAGGCCGGAAAGAUCAAGAACACCGCCAUUGCUAAGGAGCUCAGCUUGCCUCCUGUCAAGCUCCACUGCUCCAUGCUUGCUGAGGACGCCAUCAAGUCCGCCAUCAAGGACUACAAGGCCAAGAGAGCGCAGAACACCAUCCUUUCCAGCGCCAACGCCGCCAAUGCCGGCAAAGCUGCCGCUUCAAUGGCUUAAACGAACUUUUCCCCACCCCCACUCACUCUUCCCACCUCAUCACUCCUCGUUCCUCACAAACAUCUCCGACGUCCCACAACAAUGUCGAAAAAAGAAAAGGCAAAAAUCGGCAAAUGAUUCGCGCCAAGAGAAAUAAAAAAGCACACAGUC